AUGACAGUACAUCUAUUCGGGGCAGUGUCUUCACCCAGCUGUGCUUGUUACGCUCUACGAAAGACUGCAGAAGAUAACCAGAACAGUUUCCCUGCUGAGGUAACUGACACAGUCAAACAGAAGUUUUAUAUGGACGACUGUCUUAAAAGUUUGCCGUCUGAGGAGGAAGCUGUCGAAAUGCAGGGUGAACCCGUGCAUCAAUCAAUAGUCUCCUGUGCGUGGCGUGGUCAACCGUCGUUUAUUUCGCUGCUGGAAUCAGGAAUGGAUGCGGAGUUGGAGUUUUACACGAGAAUCAUCGAGAGAUUUUGCCUGCCACCUGACGCAAAAUUAGUGUACAAAGAUGCAACAGGGACAGAAGUUGAUGAGGACAUUUUCAGUGACCUUGUCAGCCAAGGCAAUGUGACUCUAUCAGUUUUCUCAAAUGACGGUGAGAAAUGUAAAGGGUUGAUUGAAGAUGUCCUUGGUACCAGCUCAGGUGGUGAAGAGGUCCUCCAAGAGUAUCACACAACACAAACUCUAACAGAUGCUACCAGAAGAAAGUUGGUCAAUAUAAUAGUGGCACACAUGAUUGAUAAACACGGGCAACUCCCCAGCAAAGCUGUUCGAGAAGAGUACGCUCUUGGGAUAGUGACAGUGUUCCCGUCCCUCAAAGACCCAUACUCCAAGAAAGGCUAUAUUAAUCAACACUUCACACUCCUGUUUGAAGAGGAGGUUUCCAACCUGCUGCUCCAGAAAUGGGAUCCGUUCUUCAGAGUUAACGUCAUCAAAGAGGCCAAGCGGCUCACCCCAACACCUGAGCUGCGCCGAAUGCUGCAGGCCGCAGAGUCUCCAGGAAGUGAACUUGACGAGGCACCAAGGGGACCGAGGUUUCCAAAAAUCAGCGCCUCUGAUGCAGUCGAGAGACUGGUAGUCUUUCAUAAGUCUUGCUGCAGCUUGGAGGAGCAUCUCCAGAGUCAGCAGAACCAGCAGCCAUAUCUCCUGGCGGUUGGGCGGCAGAAGAGGAAGAUCGACAACUUCUACGUCUCCAUCGACAAGCAUCUCAUCCCCUGCCAGGCCACCCGCUCCAUUGGGGCAUUUGAUGAGCUUUUUAAAGCUCAUUUUGUCUUCAAUGUCUCCUAUGAUGGUGCACUUGUGAAUUUCUACACCUUUCUGCAGACAACUGUCUAUAACAUUGAUAUGGGAAAAAUGAAGGAGUCACCAAGAGUUCGCGACUUGAGAGCCAAACUCCUUAACCAGGAAGUAGUUGUCACAAUCUGA